CUUGACACUGCUGAGGAGUUUUAACUGAAAUUUUUAUUUGUUGGUUAAGGCUGACAGUUACAAGCUAAUUAACUUAAUUUUGCUGUGACAGGAGGGGAUCAAAACAAUCAUCAACCUCGGUUAGUCGCUAUGGCUUCCAGAAGUGCCGGAACUCUAAUCACCCACAAUAAUGCAACCUUUAUUCCUCCUGCCUUGAUGCCUGGGUAUCAUGGUCAUGUGCCCACAGCAAUGUUUUCUUAUGGAGAUACCUAUGGGAAUACCACUUUCAAACAUUUUCAAGAUUUCCGCUCUGCAGCCAUGACUACUAGUCAAACCCCUUACAAUAGUGGAGGGCAAUUUCCCACCUUCUACUCAAAUGAUCCUGAGCUGGUUAUAGCAAACAGGUCACGGAAUAGGGAUAAAUGGCUUUAUAGUCCCUCUUGGUCUAGGUACAAUGCAGAUUACAAGAGAACAAUGGAACUACAGCAAUUCAAUAAGAUAGCACAGCAACAAAGAGAACACUAUAAGGAUAAGACUGGCACUGGACAAGGAGUGAACUACUUUGUACUUCCUGAAUGUCAAAAUCCCAGAAAUCUGCAGCAUAUCAGGUAUCCUAGCUCAAAUGACAUGGCUUUGACAUUCAUACAGUGAGUAAAGGAUUUUAAAACUCAAGAGCACUCACAACAGUUUUCAGCUAUAUUUGUCAAGAAACAUGUUAUAUUUUUGUAUAGUAACAUAUGUGGUUGUAACAUGUUCCUUUCUCAAAUCUCAGAAUGUUAGUUAUGACUAAUCCUGAGUUUGUUUCCUUCAGCCUGUACUUGUUCCAAACUGCAUUACUGUGAACAAGUCAAUUAAUCAAACAGUGCUCACAGGAUACCCUUGAAAUGAUGUGCAUGUACCUUUUGUACCUAGUGAGUUACAUCAAUAAUUAAGAGUAUAAAUAGUGAUGUUACAAUGUAUUCCACAAUAAUAAUUUUAAUAAUGAUGAGUAAAACAUUCUGAGCUUUGAAAGGAAUAUUUCAUUAUCACUGAUUUCAUUUAAAUCCUUCUGUCUAUAUUAUCACUGCACAAUCUCAGUCUGACAGGGUUCUUAGUGUUAACUGUUCUAGCUAACAUAACUGUCACAAAUAGCAAGCAAGAUUGAAAGAAAUAGAUUGUUGUAUUUAAAGUUACAUUUAUGUUUACACACUCUCUUUUCUUAUAGUCCUUGGUCCAUAACAAAUAUAUUACAUAAGGCAAGGCACUUUGCAUGUAUAGCAAGUCCAGAUGACCAAGGGGAUCAUGUAGUCUUUUGGAACAAUUAUAUAUUAAGUAUUUUGACAUAACUGUGAUAUUUUGUUUUAAUUUAGCCUUUCCCUCUAGUCAUACUAAAGUAUACACAGAACAAUUACUGAAUGGGGAGGAGUCAUUGCUUAUGUUUGUUCAAGCCAUACUGCUUUUCUUAUUAUCACAAAUAAUCCAGUAUUAUAGUUCAAGUGAUAGUGCUGUUUUUACAGAGUACAUUGAAAAUCUGAGGUCAAAAUAUAAAGUUAUGUCUGAGUUAAGAGCAUUUGCUAAAUGUAAUGUUUCUAAAUGUUCAUUUUAACAUCGUGUCUCAUACAGAAUUAUACUUUUCUAACUGCAGGGAAUUUUAGCAUGAAAUGUUUUGGGCAGUCAUUUAAGGAUCCCUUCUUUGUUGUCAUUACACAGUUUUACUUUUAAAUGUUAUUUCAAAGUCAUUGUCAUAAAUCUUGUUUUGGAUCUGACUUGCACAAAAUGAAUGCCCUGCUUCCUUUUGGAGUGAUACAUAAAUGGUGUGUUAAAAUCUAAGUUCAGUUUCUUGCAUUUUCAGUUAUAAGCAAUAGCGCAACUUCUUUAGAUUAAAUUAAACUUUAUAAAAUGUUUUACCAGCUUUCUAGUGGAGCUCUACAGUUUUACUAGUAACAUUUUUUUACUCAUUCUUUCUUUCUUUCUUUUUUUUUUUA